CACACUGGUUGGUAAAAAGCUGCUCUGAACUUCUGUGCCAAAGUUGCACCAUAGCUACAUCGCGUUCAUUUCCAGGAUGAUGACACCUCCCUACAUUCUAGCAGCGUUGGUGGUCAUAGUACUCACCGGGCCGUGCUAUGGAAAUCCAGCGCCAGCAAGAAGAACGUCAGUGCCCUGUGUCAGCGGCCCACUUGGCAUGGAAAGUGGAGCCAUUCCGGACGCCUCGAUAACUGCAUCAUCUAGUUGGAGUGGUUAUCCUCCAAGCAAUGCAAGACUGAAUGUCGGCACUGAGGGAUGGUUGCCAAGUACUCCAGCUAACCAGUGGAUCCAGGUCGAUCUUGGUGGGCACGUAGCCGUCACUGGGAUCGUGAUACAGGGAAAGCCAGGAUCCGAUUGGCACGUUACUUCAUUCACUGUGCAAACCAGAGUGAAUGGGUCAGAUUGGCAGGACGUCGUUGACACCAACGGAACUGCUGUUCGGUUUCGUGCAGAAAGCGAAGAAUCCAAAAAUCUGACGUUCCCCGUGGUACCGAUGGCAAGAUAUCUUCGUAUAUUACCUCAGACCUGGACUCAUCAGUAUUACAGAGUGAAAUUUGAAGUGCUGGGGUGUCCAGUAUCAAAUGGAAUGCUUUGGCUAGUGGACGGUGAUGACGCCCUCAGCGGCCGUGUGGAAAUCUACCACGAGUCCACAGCCACCUGGGGCGCCGUUAGUUCCAACGGCUGGGAUCUAAGCGACGCCAAUAUCGCCUGCCGCCAACACCACCCUUUCCUAGAGGCAGUUCAAGCUGGGGCGAGCUCGGCAGGGACCGACCUCCCGAUCGUCAUGAACGGAGUCGCCUGUAGAGGCACGGAGAAUCGCCUGGUGGACUGCCCGUUCGUCUGCAACGAAUAUCAGCCGCGUAGCAGCUCUCGUGUCGCCACGGUGGUUUGCCGACCCGAUGUUACGAAAAUCGUUCGCUUGGCGGGAGGGUCUGUUAACCAUCGCGGUCGCGUGGAGGUGUACCGUAACAACACCUGGGGAAGCAUUUGUGACAAUGACUGGGACAUCAACGACGCUGCUGUGGUCUGUCGUAUGCUGGGCUUCCCCGGUGCAGAGGCCGCCAAAUCCGGUGCUUACUUCGGUCAGGGCAGUGGUCCAGUCCACAUGGACGGUGUGGCGUGCACUGGAUCAGAGGGUAGCAUCUUAGACUGCCCGUCUUCGUGCUGGGAGGAGCCCCAAUGCAGCCACAGUCAAGAUGCCGGUGUCAUUUGUGAAUGGGAUUAAAAGUCGAUGCAGAUCAUCUGUGAGUUCAACCCCCAGUUCAACGCAGAAAUGUUCUAGAGCUGACGAAGUCUACAUUUUAGGCUGCAUAAUUAUUUCAUCUAAAAUGGAAAUAUAUGCCACUUUUUAAAUAUCCACUAGAUUUAGAGCAUGCAUAUUUAGUGUAACCUUCACACCGAUACCGAGUUAGAAAUUGGCUUAAAGAUUCCAACAUCGCUUAGGUAAAAUUUCGGCUAGUUUAGUGAUCUUUUGGCGAUUAGUACUAACUGCAAUGUUUAUGACGAUCUGUUGCCUAACUGUACAAGGAGGUGCAUCCCCCUCGAAGGUCCGUCCUCCCAUGAGGGGAGGGGCGACACCAUAUACACGAUAUGGGGGCGAUGUUCAUGAAUAUGAUUUACAUCUGUAAUGUGUAUCAAAUUCAUGCAGAAUCUUACAUCA